CUUUUCCUUAAAAAGACUGAGUGGGUUGUGACUAGACUUGGGAGGAUAGGAAAAAGAUGGUGUAGUAUUAACCCCUUUUAAAAAUCUUAUGCCAGCACAAAAUUUGCCAGAGGCUAAGUGGCUUCAGAAUCCACUCGUUUUGUCUUGCAGUUCUGGUGUCCCGCUGUAGCAUUUAAAUCUCGCGCGCUUUCCUUAGAUUGGCCGCCCCUGGACGGGGUUGGCUGGCUACGUGCUAUCACUCCUCCUCGCCGUCUUCCCCCGGGCAAAAGGUUUUCAAAUUCUACCAAUCGCAGGGCGCGCUCCCUCCACUGAGGGACGUCAGGGAAGGGUUAAUCGCAACCAACCGGAGGCGGGUGUUAAGAGAAAAGAGCCAAUCAGAAGAGCGCGAGGGCGUACCCUGUGGGGCUUAUAAAGACGGCUCGAGCCGAACGCGGCAGCAGUUGGGCUGCGGCGGGCUGCGUUUGUGCUGUGUUUCAGAGGCGCUGCUCUUCACUGGUCUACCUCUUCCGCUAUGUCCGGCCGGGGCAAGACUGGCGGCAAGGCCCGCGCCAAGGCCAAGUCUCGCUCUUCGCGUGCCGGCCUCCAGUUCCCGGUGGGCCGCGUACACCGGCUGCUGCGCAAGGGCCACUAUGCCGAGCGGGUGGGCGCCGGCGCGCCGGUGUACCUGGCGGCCGUGCUGGAGUACCUCACCGCCGAGAUCCUGGAGCUGGCGGGCAACGCGGCGCGCGACAACAAGAAGACGCGCAUCAUCCCGCGCCACCUGCAGCUGGCCAUCCGCAACGACGAAGAGCUCAACAAGCUGCUGGGCGGCGUGACGAUCGCCCAGGGAGGCGUCCUGCCCAACAUCCAGGCCGUGCUGCUGCCCAAGAAAACGAGCGCCACCGUGGGGCCCAAGGCGCCGGCGAGCGGCAAGAAGGCCACGCAGGCCUCGCAGGAGUACUGAGGGCCCCGCGCCGGCCCCCGGCCCUCCUCAGGCCCCCACAAAGGCCCUUUUAAGGGCCACCACCGCCUCACAGAAAGAGCUGAGCCACGCGGGGCCGCGUCCCCGCCCCCCGUCCGCGCGCCCGCCCCUCCCCCGCCGCGCGGAGGCCUCGGGCCCUCGGCAACUUCCGGAGCCCCGGCCUCGCACCCGGCCGGGCCGGCGCCCUGAAGGUGAGUCCGCGGCGGCGGCGGGCGCGCGGCCUCGGCGGCAGAGAAGAGCUGAGCUAGGCGUGGAGGCCCGCCGACCCUGCCGCUCGCUCCCCGCCCUCGCUCGUGGGCCCGUGUGGCGCGGCCAGGACAAAGCUCCGCGAGGGGAGGAGCUGGGGAGGGGGCCGAGGCCUCCGGCUCGCGCUGGGGCUGGCCGUGCGAGCGGCCGAGUGUUCGAGCCCCGCCUCCCCCCGGCACCGAGAGACCACGCAAGUCAGCUGAUCCCCGGCUGGACGGAGCCUCCGUUGGCUUGUGAACUGGAAUUGUGCAGCUACCCCACCCGGAACUAGAACUUUAGGUAAUGGGCAGUUUGAAAUGGACCGUUUUGUUUAUUAAAGGGUUUUUUAAAAAGUG